CUUGAACCCAGAAAGCCUCGGCAUACUUCUUGUCAGCAUACUUAUUCCUUCAAUUUUGAGCUGCUAGGAUAACAAGCACCUUCAGCACUGGCAACCAGCUGGUAUUCAACAGACAUCAUGGACGACAACCCCAAGGUCGAGAAUCCCACCACAGAUUGCGAUGUCCUCAUCGUCGGUGGUGGUCCUGUUGGCAUGGCAUUGGCCUUGGAGUUGGUAUUGCAUCAUGUGUCUUUUCGAAUCGUCGACAAACUACACGCUCCCUCUCCCACGAGUCGUGCUCUGAUUAUUCAACCUCGAACACUCGAACUAUUCAGUCGCUAUGGCGCUGCCGAGGAGCUCAUCCCUCGUGGACGUAUUCUCCAGGGCAUGGCCCUUUGCCUUGACGGCAAACCAGCAGGUGCCAUUGCGCUCAACCAGUUCAAGGCCAGUGACACUAGAUUCCCGCUACCACUUAACAUCUCUCAAGCCGAAACGGAACGUUUUCUCCUCGAGUCGCUGUCUUCUCAUGGUGUCAAUAUUGAACGCUCCCUUACCGCCACCAGCAUUGUCCAGGAUGACAAAGUCAUCACCACAAAAUUGCAAAGUCACGAUGGAAAAGUGGAAGCUGUCCGCUCCAAGUACGUCAUUGGCUGUGAUGGUGCGCGCUCUGUUGUUCGCCAAGCAGGUGAAGGCAUGGUUUGGGAAGGGUCGAGCUACCCGCAAUCCUUUCUCCUCUGCGACGUCCAAAUCAGGAACAACCUCCGCCGACAGGACCAAGGCUUAUUGCAGAUUUCCCGAGAGGGAAUGUUUGCCAUAUUUCCUAUUCGUCAAGACCUCUUCCGUAUUGUGGUGUCAGGUCCGGCGGCCACGUUUGACCAACAGGGUGAUACCAGUUCAGUGCCGACUCUCGAACAUUUCCAGUCAUUGUUCGACAAGUUCACCCCUCCAGGCUCAGGGACUUUGGAAGACCCGGUGUGGAUCAGCAGGUUCCGACUACACCUCAAAGGUGUCAACAAAUACCGCGACAGGAGAAUCUUUGUUGCUGGUGAUGCAGCUCAUAUCUCUUCCCCUGUCGGUGGAAAGGGCAUGAACACCGGAAUUCAGGAUGCCAUCAAUCUGGGAUGGAAACUAGCUUUUGUUUUACAGGGACAGGUUCAAGAUCCAGACGCCUUCCUGGACACAUACCACAUCGAAAGACACCCCAUUGGACAAGAGCUUUUGUCAAGUACGGAUCGAAUGUUCACAUUCAUGACCAGCACCAAUCGCUUUUUCAUACCCAUUCGCAACUUCGCAGUCAGGUACAUUUUGCCAUGGCUCACCCCCACAGAUUGGUGGAAUAGAGCGUUCUACAAAUUUCUGUCCAUGUUUGGUGUCACAUAUCGUGGAGUGAGCCCAAUCGUUGGAACUGCCGCAGGUUUCGAUGGUCGAAUUCAGGGAGGGGACCGUCUGCCUGAUGGAAAGCUCUGGCUGACAUCGAGAAACACGGGAAUUAUUUCGACCACCGUACAGGCACUCUGCGUGGGCAGUUCCCACCAUCUUUUGUUGUUCUCUGGAGAACAUAUCGAAGAACAGACCAAUGCGUUGGAAUAUGCCAAAGAGAAGGUGUUGAGCGCGGUUUCUUUCAGGUUGGACGUGCACUUUAUCUACCGAAAGGCCAAAGAUGAACCUGCAAUCGCCUUGAACGACUAUUAUAUCUGGCCUUCAGAGUUGGUGGAGGAGACACUCCUUAAACGAUUCGGCUUCUCUGAGCAGUCUCUGCCUGGGUAUAUGUUCGUUCGGCCGGAUGGAUAUGUGGCUCAUAUUGGCCCUCUCUCUACACUGGACGAAUUUCUCUCUUUCCUUCGCAAGCAUUUUGUUGCCCCUGUGGAGGAGGCCGAAUAUGUUGCGGAGUAUCAUUCGACUUUUGAGGACGAUUCGAGUGAUGAGCUUGGCUUAGAGACUCGGAAUGAUUCGACCUUGGGAGCCUCGGAGUGGACUACUGACUGUGCCUCAUCUACUCAGCUUAACUGGAGCACUGGGCAUGAUUCGACUUCUGAGCGCCACUUCACACCCUUGUCGUUUUCUUCUCCUUCGGCCUGAAAUGGGCUUCACAUUUGCGAUUUUCAGAUCUCGGCUUUAGAAGCCGUGGAUAGAUAGCUUUGUAAUUAUUAGCACAGUGUGUGCUUUGAAACCCUUAUUGUUUCGUAUUCUAGAACCUCUCUUCGUGUCCUCUU